AUGGCCUCUCGAAAUCAUGGCCCUACCCCCGCCUCCUCCCUCGCCACGCCCCUCCUCUCCGACUCCAUCACGCCCACCACGCCCACCCGCGCCGCCAACGGCCACGCGCGGGGCCACGACGGCGACGACGACCUCUGCGCCGCCGCCUCGGUGUGCGACGGCGGCGACCCGUUCGCGUUCCUCUCGGGGGACAGCCGCCCGCCGCGGCCGCCGGGCCCGUCCCCCGCCGACCCGUUCCGCAACAGGACGCCGUGGCUGGGCGGCCCGUACGGGUGGGCCAGGACGCUGCUGCUCGCGCCGGUCGCGGCGGCGCGGCUCGUGCUCUUCGGGCUGGCCAUCGCGAUCGGGUACGCCGCCACGUGGGUGGCGCUGCGCGGCUGGACCGACUCGCGGGAGCGCCCGCGGGAGGGCGCCGGCCCCAUGCCGGCCUGGCGCCGCCGGCUCAUGUGGGUCACUCGGCUCUCCGCGCGUUGCAUCCUCUUCUCCUUCGGGUAUCACUGGAUCACACGAAAAGGAAGGCCUGCGCCUAGAGAGCUUGCACCUAUAGUCGUUUCCAAUCAUGUAUCAUACAUAGAUCCCAUAUACUUCUUCUAUGAAUUGUUCCCAACCAUUGUUUCAUCGGAUUCCCAUGAUGCCAUACCAUUUGUUGGAACAAUCAUAAGAGCAAUGCAGGUUAUAUACGUUGAUAGAUUCUCGCCAGCUUCAAGGAAGUCAGCUGUGAAUGAAAUAAAGAGAAAGGCAGCUGGCAAUAGCUUUCCGCGUGUCCUGUUGUUCCCUGAAGGCACUACAACAAAUGGGAGAUUCCUGAUUUCAUUCCAACAUGGAGCAUUCAUACCUGGCUACCCUGUUCAACCAGUUGUUGUUCGUUACCCCCAUGUGCACUUUGACCAAUCCUGGGGAAACAUAUCACUAAUAGCACUCAUGUUCAAGAUGUUCACCCAGUUUCACAACUUCAUGGAGGUAGAGUACCUCCCUAUUGUCUACCCCCCUGAGAUCAAGCAAGAGAAUGCCCUUCAUUUUGCAGAGAAUACCAGCUAUGCUAUGGCACACGCCCUUAAUGUUUUACCGACUUCUUAUUCAUAUGCUGAUUCAAUGAUUGCGUCAAGAGCAGAAGAAGCUGGAAAGGCCAACUGCUCAAGUUAUAUGGUGGAAAUGGCUUGGGUAAAAGAAGUGUAUGGUGUAAGCACAGCAGAAGCAAUGGAACUCUUGGAGCACUUUUUGGCUAUGAAUCCAGACAGCGAUGGACGUGUUAAAGCACAAGAUUUUUGGGCUCUUUUUGGCCUAUAUUGCAGUCCUCUAUGCAAGAAGAUAUUUCACUACUUCGAUUUUGAAAAUAAGGAAUCCAUCACAUUCCGACAGUUCCUGGUCGGGUGUGCGCACCUCAGGAAGCAGCCAUUGUUUGAGGGAGUGUGCGAAACCGCCUUCGAGAAAUGCAAGGCCCCCGGGACCUCUGACAUAUCCCUUGCACAGCUAGCCAACGCCUUGCGGUCGGGCAUGCUUCCUCCAGCAGACGAUGGGAUGCUGAAGCUGUUUGAGACGUUUGACAUUGACGACGACGACAAAAUCAGCAGGGAUGACUUUGUGGCAUGCCUUGCGAGGUUCCCUUUCAUGAUCGCCCUCUUUGCUGGCCGGAUCAACGGGGAGGUUUACAUCGAGAUAGUUUGA